AUGGAGAAAAUACUGGUCAUAGAAGGAAAUAGUAAAAAACACGGCAAAAGAGGUAGCGGUCGUCAAGUCUGGAGAUGGGAAAAUGACUUGAAACUGGCAGCAGGACCAUUCUGGUUGAGAGUAGCAAGGGACAGGAUCCACUGGAAGGAAUUGGAGGAAGCUUAUGCCAAAAGGCACACCGAACUUAGGGAUAUCUUGUAA